AUUAUUUUGUCAGUUUAGAAUCGGCUUCUUCGUAAGCUUGCGGGGAUCCUCUACUGAGUAUAUAUUUAACUUGGACAGAGAUUCAUUAUAAGUUGCAUAAAUAUAAGUUAAUAAAAGAAGAAAAUGAAAAGGAAUAUGAAACAGGUGUCAAAAUGACAUCCAGAUUUGGGAAAACAUACAGUAGGAAAGGAGGCAAUGGCAGCUCAAAAUUUGAUGAAGUCUUUUCCAACAAACGGACCACCCUUAGCACAAAAUGGGGAGAGACCACAUUUAUGGCUAAAUUAGGGCAGAAGAGGCCCAAUUUUAAACCAGAUAUCCAAGAAAUUCCGAAGAAAUCUAAAGUAGAAGAGGAAAAUACUGGUGACCCUUUUGGAUUUGAUAGUGAUGAUGAGUCUCUACCGGUUUCUUCUAAGAAUUUAGCCCAGGGUAAAAGCUCCUACUCAGAGGCAAGUGAAGCAGCUCCGCUGGAGGAAGUCAUUUCAGUACUUGAAGUUAACAGCAGAACCGGGCCCAUGGUGGGGGAAGACGGCAUUGUGUCUCCUUCAAGCUCACCUCUGGAGGCUGCUCUGCCUGGAAAAGAGAGGGCCACAGACCGACUCCAGGAAGAUGAGGCCAGCAGAAGUGGCUGCACUGAAUUAAUGGCUAUGGAUAAAGUGGAGAAUUUUAGUGAAGAACAUGAGAAAAAUAGUCAUCAUUUUCACAAAAAUGCUGACGACAGUACUAAGAAACCCAGUGCAGAAACCACAGUGGCUUCUGGAUACAAAGCCGAUGAAAUCAAGGAAACAAAUGAUACUUGGAACUCACAGUUUGGGAAACAGUCAGAGUCCCCAUCUGAAAUAUCUCCAGUCAAGGGAUCUGUGAGAACUGGUUUGUAUGAAUGGGAUAAUGAUUUUGAAGAUAUCAGGUCGGAAGAUAUUUUAGGUUUGGAUAAUGAUCCUCUUUUGGAGAUGAAGGAUGAGGAUUUAAAAACUCGUUUGGAAAAUCUAGAUGAAGCAAUUGAGGAAGACAUGGUUCAAAGUGUUCUUAGGCCAAGCAACUGUAGGACGUAUUGUAGGGCCAACAAGGCAAAAGCCUCCCAAGGAGCAUCCAGUUUUGAUAAGCUAAUGGACGGCACCAAUCAGGCCUUAGCCAAAGCAAACAAUGAGUCGAGUAAAGAUGGCUUGAAUCAGGCAAAGAAGGGCAGUGUCGGCUGUGGGACCAGUCUUAGAGGGACGGUUGGCCGGACUAGAGAUUAUACUGUGUUACAUCCAUCUUGCUUGUCGGUCUGUAAUGUCACUAUCCAGGACACCAUGGAGCGAAGCAUGGACGAGUUCACUGCAUCCACUCCUGCAGACCUGGGAGAAGCUGGCCGCCUCAGAAAAAAGGCCGAUAUCGCAACUUCUAAGACCACUACUAGAUUCCGGCCUAGUAAUGUUAAAUCCAAAAAGGAUGUUAAACUUGAAUUUUUUGGUUUUGAAGAUCAUGAUGAGGCAGGAGGCGAUGAAGGAGGCUCUGGAAGUUCUAAUUACAAAAUUAAGUAUUUUGGUUUUGAUGAUCUCAGUGAAAGUGAAGAUGAUGAUGAUGAUGACUGUCAAGUAGAAAGAAAGGCCAACAAAAAAAGAACUAAAACAGCUCCAUCACCCUCCUUGCAGCCUCCUCCAGAAAGCAAUGAUAAUUCCCAGGACAGUCAGUCUAGUGCUAGUAAUGCAGAAAACUUGGAUUUUGCAGAGGACUUGCCUGGUGUGCCUGAAAAUGUGAAGAAGCCCAUAAGUAAACAAGGAGAUAAAUCAAGGGAAAAUACCAGAAAGAUUUUUAGUGGCCCUAAACGGUCACCUACAAAAGCCGUUUAUAAUGCCAGACAUUGGAACCAUCCAGACUCAGAAGAACUACCUGGGCCACCAGUUGUAAAACCUCAGAAUGUCACAGUGAGGCUGUCUUCAAAGGAACCAAAUCAAAAAGAUGAUGGAGUUUUUAAGGCUCCUGCACCACCACUCAAAGUGAUAAAAACUGUGACAAUACCUACUCAGCCCUACCAAGAUAUAGUUACUGCACUGAAAUGCAGAAAAGAAGACAAAGAAUUAUAUACUGUUGUUCAGCAUGUGAAGCACUUCAACGAUGUGGUGGAAUUUGGUGAGAAUCAAGAGUUCACUGAUGACAUUGAGUACUUGUUAAGUGGCUUAAAGAGCACUCAGCCUCUGAACACACGUUGCCUUAGUGUUAUUAGCUUGGCUACUAAAUGUGCCAUGCCCAGCUUCCGAAUGCACCUGAGAGCACAUGGAAUGGUUGCAAUGGUCUUUAAAACCUUGGAUGAUUCCCAGCACCACCAGAACCUGUCCCUCUGUACAGCUGCCCUCAUGUAUAUCCUGAGUCGGGACCGCUUGAACAUGGAUCUUGACAGAGCUAGCUUAGAUCUCAUGAUCCGACUUCUGGAGCUGGAACAGGAUGCAUCGUCGGCUAAGCUGCUGAAUGAGAAGGACAUGAACAAAAUUAAAGAGAAAAUCCGGAGACUCUGUGAAACUGUACACAAUAAGCAUCUUGAUCUAGAAAACAUAACAACUGGGCAUUUAGCUAUGGAGACAUUGCUAUCCCUUACUUCCAAACGAGCAGGAGACUGGUUUAAAGAAGAACUCCGGCUUUUGGGUGGUCUGGAUCAUAUUGUAGAUAAAGUCAAAGAGUGUGUGGAUCACUUAAGUAGAGAUGAGGAUGAAGAAAAACUGGUAGCCUCGUUAUGGGGAGCAGAGAGAUGUUUACGAGUUUUAGAAAGUGUAACAGUGCAUAAUCCAGAGAAUCAAAGCUACUUGAUAGCAUAUAAAGAUUCACAGCUCAUUAUUUCCUCAGCUAAAGCAUUACAGCAUUGUGAGGAACUGAUCCAGCAGUAUAAUCGCGCUGAGAACAGCAUCUGUGUGGCUGAUAGCAAGCCUCUACCUCCCCAGAACGUGACCAGCCAUGUGGGAAAGGCAGUGGAGGACUGCAUGCGGGCCAUCAUCGGGGUGCUACUCAACCUCACUAACGACAAUGAGUGGGGUAGCACAAAAACAGGGGAACAGGAUGGCCUCAUUGGCACAGCCAUGAACUGUGUGCUGCAGGUCCCAAAGUACCUACCUCAGGAGCAGAGAUUUGACCUUCGGGUGCUGGGCUUGGGUCUACUAAUAAAUCUAGUGGAGUACAGCGCCCGGAACCGGCACUGCCUCGUCAACAUGGAAACAUCCUGUUCCUUUGAUUCUUCCUUCUGCAGUGGAGAGGGAGACGAUAGCUUAAGGGUAGCUGGGCAAGUACAUGCCGUGCAGGCUCUAGUGCAGCUAUUCCUUGAGCGAGAGCGAGCAGCUCAGUUGGCAGAAAGUAAAACAGAUGAGUUGAUCAAAGAUGCACCCACCACUCAGCAUGAUAAGAGCGGAGAGUGGCAAGAGACCAGUGGGGAGAUACAGUGGGUGUCAACUGAGAAGACAGACAGUGCAGAAGAGAAACACAAGAAGGAGGAGGACGAUGAAGAACUUGACCUCAAUAAAGCCCUGCAGCAUGCUGGCAAGCACAUGGAGGACUGCAUCGUGGCCUCCUACACAGCGCUGCUUCUCGGCUGUCUCUGCCAGGAAAGCCCAAUCAAUGUCACCACUGUGCGGGAGUACCUGCCAGAAGGAGACUUUUCCAUAAUGACAGAAAUGCUCAAAAAAUUCCUAAGCUUCAUGAAUCUUACUUGUGCUGUUGGGACGACGGGCCAGAAGUCCAUCUCUAGAGUGAUUGAGUAUUUGGAACACUGCUAGCUGCUUUACCCUUGCUUCAGGUGCUCGGGAAUGCUGGAGCUACCCUUAGACAAAGAAAAAUCAUGAGAGGUCCUUGAAGAGAAACCAAGAGCAUUCAUCGGGAUUUUACGACCACCUGAUCUCUUCGUCAUGCAUUCUGCAUUUGCUCAGUGACAGUUACUACGUCAAUCUGCAACUAUCAAAAAUGAGGGAAAAGGUUCAGGCUGCUCACAAUCCAUGCAGUAUUGAAAUACACUUCCUGGCAGAGUCUACCCCUUUCCCCAUGUCCUUGCUUCACUCCAGGCAGGUUCAGGGGGUGACUUUGUGCUGCUGUUAGUGCAACUGCUGUGUGUGGAGCCACUGUUGUCGCGCUGGCCAAGGCAGGGCAGCUCAGCGAUGAGGUGUCGGAGGUUCUGAGCGCAUUUAGAUAGCAGCUUAGUUCCUUUUUCAGGCUCAUUGGCUUUUGCUUUUUUGUUGAAUGAUUCCGAUCGUAAAUAAAGCUUUUAAUAAUUUUGUGAAUUUUUGGUUGUUGUUCCCUGAACUACUGUCUAUAUUUAAAAUUAGAUGGAAUCCAAAGACACAAGGGAUUAAUAGUAUAUUUUUUUAUUCUUGAUUAGGUUUGGGUGUUGAACUAUUUUUCUCUUUUGAGACCAUGACCAUAUUCAAUAUCAUACAGUAAUGUGUCAUAGCUGUAGAUGCAAGAAAACAAAUAGCAGUUUGAGGGACUAUUCUGUAAGAUGAUGUGCCCUGUUUUAAAGGAUUAGUGAAAUAGACAAACCCAGGGUAGUUUACACUUAAUGCUAGGGAGGCUCUUGAGACAGUGAGGUUUUGAGGGAGGAUCUCUAGAUAUAUUUUCUGAUGUUCAGUACAAUAAAUGUAAGGAAGCUAAAACACCAAUGUGAAAUUCACGUUUCCAGAUAACGUGUAUAUUCUGUAGCGACAGGAUCAAUUGCAUAAACGCAAAGCCUUAAAAUUGCUGAUUUAGAGAAGAUCCUUUUUUUAUUCAUACAACAGUUGUUUGGAAAACAGUUGUGGAACACACAGAACACUUUUUGUGAAUUUAAUUUCACAGCAUUACAAAUUUUUAUUGUAUUGUUCAGAUCACUGGUUACACUUUCCUUUCUCGUUUAAUUGGGCCUGAAGACAGGCUUUUCAGAGAUCUCAUUCAUUAAUACUUUUAAUUACCUUUUAGUGGUGACAUGUUUCUCCAUUGACUUUGUAAAACUUGAAGCCAUAAAAUAUUAGUUUGGUGUGUAUUGGGGAAAAUAGCUGAAAGUCUAAUUUUUACCCACUUAGACUUUGUUAUAUUUCCUUAUAUAAAGUGACAAACUGGGGCUCUUGUAUCAGUGCCAGCUGUAAUGUUUUUUAAUGCAGUGGCUGCCUUCUAUUGUCUUCCUAUUUUUGAUAAUGCAGAUUGUUGGGAACUCUAUAAAGAAGUAACUGAUUCCAGGCAAACCGUUUUCUUUUUCCUUCUGCCCUCCUGAGCCCUACCCAUCACCUUUGAGAACACAGUAUGCCAGUGUAACAUGGGAAAGACUGGGAUUGUUAUUUGCCCUGAAUAGAAAAGCUAACUUAGCAAACUUUACAGAGCAUAUUGGUAAAUAAUGUCAGUAAGAUUAAAUUAGUUAGAUAUAUUUUGUUUAAUUAUUUUUAAAUGCAUUGAUAUUUAUUAAUCAUUGGAUUUAGGGAAGAGAACAGAUUUUUGGUAAAACUGACUUGUGGCAGAUGGUAAGGAAUCAGACAACAUUUGGGUGAGAUCAAUCAGGGCGAACUACAUUUUUCUGUUACACUGGUAAUCAUUUGCAAAUUGAUUUACCUCAGUGUUUAACAGUUUUUUUGUUUUGUUUUUAAAUAAUAAAUAUCAAGCACUGAUAGAGAUGCAGAUUUGGGGGGUAUGGACAGGGGUGAGGGAGACCCCCAGCUCACCGAUUGCAGUGCAUUUGUGUGUUUUAACCCUCAGUGAACUCUGCAUUUUAGGGUACUUGAGGCUGACUUGCAAAUUAAAGUUUUAAAGUAACCUUUUUUUCACUGUAAAUAUUUCUGUAAAUACUACCAAUUGGAAAUUAGAACAGUAGAGUACUUUUCUGAAGUCAAUCCUAUUUUUAUUUUAUACAGUAUUUCUCAGCUGUGAUCUUUGGAGCAAAAGCCAACGGCAGGAAAAAAUAGUUUGUACCAGUUUCAUGAAGUAUGUCUUUGGGUUUUUGUAAAUAAUUUUAACUCAAAUAAAAUUGCUACUUUCAAUACA